AUGGCUUUGGCGUACACCGUCAUACCUGAUGGUUUGACCGAACUCUUGAAAGAUAUUAUAAAGGCUGUUUUAAGAGAACAGCCCGAAAAUUUGUGUGAAUUCGCUGUUGAAUAUUUCCGACACUUGAGAAAUUCUAAUGAGUCGUAUGAAUCCAAACAUAUAACUUAUGAAGCAUAUGAAAACUAUUUUUUAAAUAAGGAUCGAUUUUUUUACACGCCUUUUGUUAAAUGUUUUUGUGGAAGAUUUUUGGGUCAAGGUUUAGGUGGUGGCCAACAAAUGAAUAUUCAUACCCAAUCGUUGGAGUUUUCUAAAAAUCGAACCUCUGACCUAAAUAAUUGUUGCCCCAAAUCCAAGGGGUCUUACGGUAAUACGGAAUGUGACGAGACCGCAGAAAUUGUGUCUCAAAAUAAAUACAAUCACUCGGCUCGUGUAAUACAACGUUAUUUUCGUCAAUACAUAAAAAAGAAGCGAGAGGGACGGGAAAUGAAUGAAGAAACGGCUGCACUAAUUAUCCAGAAAAGUUUGAGAAGGCUAUUCGGUUCGAGAAAAGGAGAGACUGGUAUUAAAUCGAAGGAAACAUUACAAGCUGUUCCUCAACUUCAGUUGACUCAUUUAGAAAAUGAUAACCUCUCCGAAGAGGCUUCAUACACAUCAGCUUCUACGGCAAUCCUUUCAGCAUCGGAGUCAGGUCGGGACUUUUUCGACGUAAGCACAUCAGAAAACAUAGUUAACAAGCCUAUUAUUGAAAGUGAAGAACAGGAUAAUGAUGAAGAAAAUUGCCAGAAAAGCGAAUUAAUGAAUGAGCCAAUAAAAGAAUUAAAUAAACUAAACGACAAAAUACCUGUUGACAAUAAUGGAAACCACAUUGGUGAAGAACAUAUAGACCGUAAACAUGUCCAUGCCCUUGAGGAAAGCUACAAUCAGGAUUCGCAUUUAAUAUCUGAGGUGGACCCUCUUGAAAAUCAGAGGAAAGAUAUAUCCUUUGACAAGGAGAAAAAUCUAAAUGAAGUAGAGUCGACAUCUCUAAACGAUAGCGAUUAUGGGUAUCAGGAAGAUAAUAGAAGGGAAAAUCAAAAAACAUCAACACUUGCAGAAUCUGGCAUUUCCGUGAAAUGCCUUCAAGAAGAAAGACAGGAGAUCAAUUAUCUUCAGAAACACGAGAAUGAUCUGAGUUCAAUUGCAGCAAACGAGCAUGAUAAUCUGACAGAGAGAAACACUUCUACAACAAGGGAAGAUAGUGUUUUAAUUUCUGAUAAUAAUUGUUUAGAACUUGAUAAUGAUGCUCCAAAAACGAAUUCUCAUAAUGAAAGAGAUGAUGACACUAAUGACUGUGAAUCAGAAACUGUUGAUACCGUAACACAUAGCCCAGUUACGAAGGGAUCUACAUUGAAAAUAAGCCAUACAAAGGCAGUGGUUUUGGAUGCUGAAUCGUCUGAUCAAGAUUCGAAGAGUGACAAUAGGCGUUCCGAAGAUAUACCACAAGAAAACAAAGAACAAUUUAAAAUGGAGGAAUCAGAAACGACAGUUAAUAAUGAGGUUAAAACCGCUCAUGAUGAAAACCAGAAAGCUAUGCAAUAUGAAAUGCCUGAGAAUGGUCAAAAUACUACUAAAGCAGUAUUCAAUAUUCCAAUGCCAGCAGAGAAAAGUAGUUCUUCAAAUAAGGAGGACAGCGUUUUGAUUUAUGAUAAUAAUGAUACGAAUUUUGAUGAAAACACCCAAGCAAAAUCUCCUCAAAAUGAUAUAACUGCUGGCUCCAACGGUAACCACUCAAAUAUCGUUGAUACAUUGUCACAAAGUCCUGUUCCAACCGCGUGUACACUAGAAGAAAACAAUGCACAUGAAUUGAUUUUAGAAAAGGUUUCGAAUGAUCAUGUUUUGCAGAGUGGUACUGAAUUACGGGAAUUGAAGGCUUCUGAAGAUAUACCAGGAGAAAUCAUUGACAAAAAUCUGCAAGUUAUCAAUCACGAAAUGCGUAAUAAUGAUCACAAUAGUGUUAACUCAGUACUCAGUAUUUCAGCUCCGGCAGAGAAAGUUAUUUGUUCGAAAAAGGAGGACAGUGUUUUGAUUUCGGAAAAUAAUGAUACGGAACUUGACCAGGACGCCCAAGAAAAAUCUUCCCAGAAUGUUAUAAAAGCUGAUCCAAACUUAAUUAUCACUGAUACAUUACACCGGAGUCUCAUUCCUAAUGUACUUUCAUUGGAAUCAAACAAUACAAAAGAAUUGCUUUUAGAAAAGGAAUCGACUGAUCAGGAUUCAAAGAGUGGAACCGUGAUAUCAGAAGAAACACUGGAAGAUCACAGAGAAUCAUUUAAAAUUGUGGAAUCGGAAAAUGAGGUUAAUAAUUUGGCUAAACAGGAAAUACAUGGAAAUGAUCACAAUGCCGCUAAAGAAGUAGAGAGUGUUUCAAUUUCUGAUAAUAAUGAUGCGGAAAUUGACAAAAAUGACCAAGAAAACAGUUCUCAAAAUGAUAUAACUGCUGAACCAAAUGAUAAACACUCAAACAUCGUUCCAGAGGUAUUUCCAUUGGAGGCAAAAAAUGCAAAUGAAUCAAUUUUGGAUAAAGAAUUGGUUGAUCAGGUCUCAAAGAGUGGUACUGACGGAUCGAAGGACAUACACGCAGAAAACAACCAAUCAUUUCAAUUCGAUGAAUCAGAAAAUACGGUUAGUGUUAGGGCGAAACGCUCUCAAGAUGAAAAUCAGAUAGUUGUUCACAAUGAAAUUCUGGAGAAUGACAAUACUACUACUAAAGCAGAAUCCAUAUAG